AUGGAUCAAUUGGCUAUUGACAUACACAGUAACAAGCUUUUAGGUAAUAUCUUAUGUAUUUUACAUUAUUAUUGAUGUUUCACUUUGUUUUUGGGCUUAUUUUGAUGGUUUUCUGAUAGCAAUUGAUAAAAUAAUGUUUUAGACUGGCUUAUCAGUCGAAGACAUGGUCAAAACGACUGGAUAAAGAAGAGUACGGACAUCAGGGAGAAGAUUAAACAUGCUAUUUUGGAUAUGCCUGAGAAUGAGAGGAUUCUGGAGCUAUUACGAGGUGGAAGUGAGUGUUUUGCUUUGUUUUUCUUGCUUUAGGUUUCAAGAUGAUGAAACUUUGAACAUUGUUUAACGAGGUGAAUGUUUAGCUUCUUUUUUUGUUAUGUUUAGUACUAUAUACUUACAAUAAUAAAGUUAUGUCAAUAAUAUAUCGAAUUCAGGUAUAAACUAUUUCCAUUGCAAAGAGAUUGUCGACAUACUAAAAGAAACCGAAAAAGACUCCAAAAAUGUUUUUGGAUUCUAUUCUUCUCAGCGUAUGAAGGAUUGGCAAGAAAUUGUUGACCUCUACUCCAAAAACAACGUGUAUUUAGCUGAAUCCGCUCAGAUUCUUCAACGUCUUGUACAAUAUGAAAUCCCAGCGCUAAGGAGGAGUAAUCAAAAAGCCGAGAAUCAGAUCAAAGAAGCUCAGAAAAGGGAAACCGACGCUGCUAAACAAGCUGAAGAUGCUCGAAACGCUUAUCACAGAGAGCUGAAGAGGUUUAAUAUAAAGGGAGACAAGGUGAAGAAGGAACUACUGGACUUGGCUAAGGAUUUGCCAGCUAAAUUUAAUAGUUUGGCAAAGGAAUCGAGUCAAUUUUUGAAGGCAAUUGAAUAUUUUGAGAGUCUACAACAAUAUAAUGAAGUUGGGGAUGUUCAGAAGAUGGAUUUGUUGAAGAAACUGGCUGAAAAAGGUGCUGAUUUUACUGUUUAUGAAUGGAAAAAUGGGAAAGAACCUACGGAGAUCAAGAGGAUUGACUUGGAUGAAGAUGAAAAGGUAAGCCUUUGUGUUUUAAAGUGUAGAUUUAUAGUUUUAUGUUAUACUGAAAUCAAUUAAGAAAGUUGUAAGCAAGUUAAAUUGUUUUUGUAACUAUAUUGUUUCAGGAGUUAGAUGAUGACGAGAUUGACUUUGGAGAUGACAUUGAUUUUGGCGGAGAUUCAGGAGAAAUAGACUAUGGAGACGGCAUAGAUAUAGAGGUUGUUGGUGAUGACACAGGUGCGAUAUGAUUUUAAAAAAAUUGUUUAAAGUUUUAUUCUUUUAUAACUAAAUUACUUACUUUAAAACGAAGUUAUUGUUAAAAAGUAUUGUUUUUAUAGUGUAAUAUAAAUCAAAACAUAAGUUAUUUUUAAUAAAUAUAGAAGUAAUUUUAGGUAUUAUACAAGAUCUGCCUCAAGAAGUAGAUGAUGGUAUAGCUAGAUUCGAGAACGCGUUUUCUAUUUUCGAACAUCAAGAAGUUUUUCAGAUUCUUCAAGGGAACGUUGAAGAGGUAAGGAGAUAAUAAUUUGCUAUAUUAGUUAGAUCAGUCUUAACUUUAUGUAUUUUAGAUUUUUUGUUUUUAUCUUUUGGUACGGGUCUCUUUCAGUUUUAAAAUUUAAUUUUUUAAAAAAAAUCUGAUUCUUCUUGUUUUAGCUGCUUGUAUUCCUGCAGUUUCGAAUCCAAGAUGAAGAUGCAUCGGAUCCAGCUCAAGUUUACAUUGCCAGUCUAAUAAACAAGCCUAAUGAUAUAGAGUCGGUAACUGUGGAACAGUUAAUUAAAUGGAAAACGGCAUUAGAAGGGUUCAGGAAACAAGUUAACGACCCGCUGACGCGGCAUCUGGCUAAAAUACGAGCUGCUCCAGGGUAAGUUUUGUGUUAGGGUAUGAUAUGGUUGGGUUAAGCUAUAAAUGAGUUAAACUACGGUUAGAGUAUGGUGAAGAUAGAGUAGUGUAUUAAACGGGACGAUUGUUGAAAGAAAGGCUUUGGUAUAUAUGACGAUUAAUGCACUACUCGAUUUUUGUUAUCUAAAAACGAUAUUUUUUAGCUACGUGGACAACCUGGUCAACCAAUUGGAUCAAAAACGGAAACAAGAAGGCAAAUACAAGCAGAUCGAGCGCUUAUCAAACGAAAAACAAACAGAAUUGGUCGAACAAAUUGCCAGGGAUUCAGAAGCCGUGGAAACAUUAUGCGAUUCAGCCAGAGAACUUCAAUCACAAGUAGAAGAUGCCAUAUCAGAGUUGUACAAAGGUCGCGAGGUCAACAUUGUCGGAGAGAUAUCAGCUGUUUUGUAUGAUUAG